CGCCACACCCUGACCGCCCCCUCCCGCCAGGCCUCGCCGGACCUGGCGCUGUCUUCUCCGCGCUGCCACCCUCGGUCGCCUCGGGCGGGGAUCGGCGCCCCAAAGCGCAGAGCUGACGCGCCCCCCUUUUCCGUCCCCCCCAAUCUCCCACCGCCCAGUCCCCUGGCAGCGAUGAGACAGAGCGGCGCCUCCCAGCCCCUGCUGAUCAACAUGUACCUGCCAGAUCCCGUCGGAGACGGUCUCUUCAAGGAAGGAAAGAGCCCCAGCUGGGGGCCCUUGAACCCCGCGGUACAGAAAGGCAGUGGGCAGAUCCAGCUGUGGCAGUUUCUCCUGGAGCUCCUGGCCGACCGCGCGAACGCCGGCUGCAUCGCAUGGGAAGGCGGUCACGGCGAGUUCAAGCUCACCGACCCCGACGAGGUGGCGCGGCGCUGGGGCGAGCGCAAGAGCAAACCCAACAUGAACUACGACAAGCUGAGCCGCGCCCUGCGCUACUACUACGACAAAAACAUCAUGAGCAAGGUGCAUGGCAAGCGCUAUGCCUACCGCUUCGACUUCCAGGGCCUGGCGCAGGCCUGCCAACCACCGCCUGCCCAUGCCCACGCCGCGGCCGCCGCAGCCGCAGCUGCGGCCGCGGCCCAGGACGGUGCGCUCUACAAGCUGCCCGCCGGCCUCGCCCCGCUGCCCUUCCCGGGCCUCUCCAAACUCAACCUCAUGGCCGCCUCCGCCGGCGUCUCACCCGCUGGCUUCUCCUACUGGCCCGGCCCGAACCCCGCUGCCACCGCCGCCGCCACGGCCGCACUGUACCCUACCCCGGGCUUGCAGCCUCCGCCCGGGCCGUUCGGCGCGGUGGCCGCGUCGCACUUGGGAGGUCAUUACCACUAG